AUGAGUUUCACUUGUGAUUUGUCUCAAUCUAGUGAAUAUUUGAGCUUCAGAAGCAGUAUCCCUCUAAGGAAAGUUGUUGUUGACUCAGAUGGAGUGAAGGCCUGGAAAAUAUUCGACAGCGGUCCUAAAUCAGUGACUUGCCCCUUGAUAUGUUUGCCACCGGUUUCGGGAACUGCUGAUAUAUUUUAUAAGCAAGUAAUGGGCCUGGCAUCUCGUGGUGUUCGUGUUAUUGCCGCAGAACCACCACCCUAUUGGAAUAUUAAGGAAUGGUGUGAUGGAUUUAAGAAGCUUAUUGACUAUCUUGAACUAGACAAAAUUCAUAUAUUUGGCACAUCUUUAGGUGGUUUCAUAGCACAGAAGUUCACAGAGUAUACACACAACUGUCCCCGCGUUGUAUCACUUGUGCUGUGUAACACAUUCACAGAUACAUCUGUAUUUGAGUAUAAUGAUUCUGCGGCUUUGUUCUGGCUUCUUCCUUCGCUUGUGUUGAAGAGAAUGCUCAUGGGCAAUUUUGCUGCAGAAAAAGUUGACAAGAGGAUAGCUGACUCUAUUGAUUUUAUGGUUGAAAAGCUGGAUUCUCUUACACAAUCAGAGCUGGCUUCAAGACUGACCCUAAAUUGUUCACCAUCUUAUGUUCAACCUCAGAAAUUAUAUGAUUUGCCAAUUACAAUAAUGGAUGUUUGGGACGACAGCGCUUUGAGUUCAAGGGUUCGCGAAGACCUAUAUAAGUCAUACCCACAAGCUAAACUAGCGCAUUUAAAAAGUGGGGGCAACUUCCCGUACUUGAGCAGAAGUGACGAGGUCAACUUGCAUUUACUGAUACAUCUAAGACAAUUCGAUGGUACAGAGAUAUCGUCCUCAUAUCUAAGUCUACAUAAAAUGCCGACACAGACACUUAACACAGACGAGGGUACUGUUAGCUACUUCAAUCAGAGGGACAAGUAUGUGAAAAUCCCUUAG